AUGUCCGCCUCAGAAGAUUCACUGGCUUCAGAUGUAGAACAGCGGAAAGAAGAAAUAAACGAACUGAAACGUAAAGUAGAAAGCAUUGAAACUAUCGAUAUGAGUAUCAAAGCAAAGAUAGAUACAACGAGAGUUGCUUUGGAACGUCAAGAACGUCAGAUCAGUAAUGUAUUCGUUCACACACGUGCAAUGAAGAGAGUGUUUGAUAUUCUAGACACAAAUAGGUACGUUGUUAUCAAAGGUAACCUGGGAGCCGGAAAGACCACGAUUGCCAUGCACGUCCUAACAGAAUUACAGAAGAAAGGAAUGGCUCCACUACAAGUGACUACGGUUCAAGAUUUAUAUGGAUCCGUUUCACCAUUUUCAAACGUCGCUUUAUUUUUAGAUAAUUUAUUUGGAGAGUUCAUAUUGUCAAAUGAAAUAGAUAACUUUGACUCAAAAUUACAUUUAAUUAGGGCAAUUUGCAGUAAUGACAACACUGUCAAGGGAAACGUUUUGAUUGUAACAAUUAGGAGUGAUAUCUACAAUGAAGCAGCGGAUAAGCGUUCAAUCGGAGAUUCAUUUUUUACAAAUUCUGUGGUUGAUAUAUCUAAUGGAGAUUUUCAACUCCAAAAUUUAGAAAUGAUUGAAUUCUUCACAAAGUAUGGUCUUGAUAAAUUGCUAAAAUCCAAUACUACGUUGGAUAUUGUUAAGAUUGGGAAUACAUUUGGAAUCCCCCAAUGUUGCAGACUUUUGAAGAACAAUCCUACUCUUUCUGAAGACAUCUUUGGUUUCUUGAAGGAUCCAAUUCAAAGCUUAGAAAUGUAUCUUAAAAACAUUUUAGAUAGAAAGGAAUGCAAAACAGCAGUUUUAGUCUAUAUUCUUCUUUGUGGGGGAAGUGUGGAAGAAAAGGUUUUGCAAACAGCACUACAAGACGUACCUAGAAAAAACAAAGCACUUGAAAUUAUUGGAGCCAAAAACUCAACCUUAAUGGAUUUUCAAAAUUCUAUUUAUCAUUAUCGUGAUUCCUUGAUGACCUACGACACCAUUGAAGAAAAAUAUAAAUUUAGUCAUAGCUCAGUACAAGAGAGUUUAUUCAAAUGUCUAGUCAAUUUUUACCCAAAGGAAAUUAUCAAGAGUUGUGAUCAUGUCCUUCUAGAGAGGUUAACAACCUGUAAGAAUCUGUCCUGGAAUUCUGUUGUAAUCACAGAAGAAUUUUUUCAAGACAUAAUUAAAAGAUUGCUGGAAAUGUUAGAAGAAAUGUCAAUUUCUGCAUUUCGGACAAUCUCUCGUCUACAAAUAUGGAAAGAUGAGAAGAUUUUGUUUGAGUGUGAAAAAAAUCAAACCUUGUUAAAUGGAAUCAAACAAAAUACUGAUAGUUGUGGGCAAACAAUGUUAGUUCAUUUUUGUGUAUCUGGUAACAUUAGAUGGGUUAAGUAUCUAUUGCUCUCAUCUUCUCAGGAGCAAAGAUAUAUGUCUUUAAAUGAAGCUUGUGCUCACAAUCAGAAGGAUAUUGUUGACUUGAUUCUAACUACUGAUGUUAAUUAUGACUUAAAAACUUGCUUUCAUGCUGUGCAAAGUGGAGAUCUGGAUAUGCUGUAUCGAUUUACUGACACUGUAGACCUUAAUGAAAAAACAUUUUCUAAUCAUUUUAGAUGGAAUCAAAUAGAAUGUGGUUUACUACACGAGAUUUGCUUUUUUGGCCAAAAUGAUUUAAUACAGCCAGUUCUAGCACGUUACCCACAUUUAUUUGAUGUGCAAAAUGAUCAGGGCGAGAACGCUCUACAUUCCGUUGCCUUUGCUGGGGAUGAAACAAUCUUUAAAAAUAUGAUUAAGAGUGGUUGUGACCCUUACAGUAGGUCUAAUCAUGGUUCCACGGUGCUCCACUAUGCGUGUCAAAACGGCAAACUGAACAUGGUCAGGUAUAUUUGUGACACUUUUCCAAAUUUACUUUCUCCGGAUUAUAAUGACAACGAAGGUAGGUCUCCUUUACACUGGUCAGCUGAAUCAGGAAACAUAGAAGUGUAUGAAUAUUUCAUAGAAAAGGGUGUAGAGCAAACAUUCACUGAUGGUCAGAGUACACCAUUACACGAAGCUUGUAAAACGGGAAAACUAGAUAUGUGUAAGUUCUUAGUCAUUACUUAUCCUCAAUUAAUAGACCUCAAAGACAAUAAUGGAGAGAAUGCCUUAUAUGCUGCAGCAUGUAUGGGUAACAUUGAAUUAUUCAAUUUCCUGUUGGGAAAAGGCUUCGAUAUCGAAACUAAAAGAAAUGAUGGGAAAACUGUGCUUCACCAAUGUUGUAUGAACGGAAAUUUAGAUAUGUGUAUGUUCUUAGUCAAUACUUAUCCUCAUUUACUAGAUAUCAAAGACAAUGAUGGAGAGAAUGUCUUACAUGCUGCAGCUUGGGAAGGUAACAUUGAUUUACUCAAAUUUCUGUUGGAAAAAUCUUUUGAUAUCAAUAGUACAAGAAAUGAUGGGAAAAAUCUGCUACAUAUGUGUUGCAUGAACGGACAACUGGACAUGUGUAAAUACCUUGUCAGCACUCAUCCUCAUUUACUUCAUGUUAAGGAUACUGAUGGAAAUAAUGCCUUACAUGAUGCAGCCUCGGGUGGAAACAUUGAUUUAUUUAAGUUUCUGUUGGAAAAAGGCUUUGAUUUCAAAGUUUCCGCAAAUGAUGGGAAAACUGUACUUCACAUAUGCUGUAUGAACGGUAAACUAGAUAUGUGUAAGUACUUAGUCAACACUUAUCCUCCUUUACUAGAUGCCAAGGAUGACUAUGGGGGAAAUGCCUUACAUGCCGCAGCCUGGGGUGGAAACAUUGAUUUAUUCACCUUUCUCUUGGGAAAAGGCUUUGACAUCAAAGUCAACGCAAAUGACGGUAAAAAUGUAAUUCUUUUAUGUUGUAUGAACGGAAACCUGGAAAUGUUUAAGUACUUGGUCAACAAAUAUCCUCAUUUAUUAUAUAUCAAGGAUACUGAUGGAAAUAAUGCCUUACAUGCCGCAGCCUGGGGUGGGAACAUUGAUUUAUUCAAGUUUCUGUUGGGAAAAGGCUUUGACAUCAAAGUCUCCGCAAAUGAUGGGAAAACUGUGCUUCACAUAUGUUGUUUAAACGGACAACUAGAUAUGUGUAAGUACUUGGUCAACACCUAUCCUCAUUUACUAGAUGUCAAAGACAAGGACGGAAUGAAUAUCUUACACGAUGCUGCCCGCGGAGGCAACCUUGCUAUGCUAAAGUUCGUGUUGGAAAAAGGUUUUGAUAUCAAAACCAAAAGAGGCGACGGGAAAACUGUGCUCCACUUUUGUUGUUCGAAUGGAAAACUAGAUAUGUGUAAGUAUCUAAUGGAAAAUUAUUCUCAUCUAUUAUACAUCAAGGAUAGCAUUGGAAUGAAUGUUUUACAUUCGGCAGCUUGGGGUGGUAACAUUGAUUUAUUCACCCUCCUGUUGGAUAAAGGUUUUGAUAUCAAAACCACAGGAGGCGACGGGAAAACUGUGCUCCACUUAUGUUGUAUGAAUGGAAAACUAGAGAUGUGCGGAAACUUUUUGAUCGAGUCCCCACGUAGAACAAAACAUACGGAGAAACAGCUACUGGCAAUAGCGAAAGACGCUGUCACUGAAGACCCUAACCCUACCCUGUCGACAUAA